AUCUUUGGUUAUUCGUACCUUCAUUGAGGAAAUGAAAUCGGAUGAGAGACGCCAUUUCCAUGCCCGAGAGGACCAGACAGAUGCGAGCGUUCUUCUUUGGGAGAGGAUAAUGCGCAUUUGGUGGUUUUGGAUUGGGAAAACAAAGUUUUAUUCGGCGUCUGUAGAAUCAUAGUCGCCACGAUCACUUUUCCGAUGCUGAUCAAGACCACCGAAUCUCUGUUCUGCUUCUUCUCGACGUGUCUCUCCAUCGUCGCCGAUCAAACCCAGCCUGAUCGAUUUUUUUGAAUUGGACUGAUCUAAAACCCAGAAUAUCUGCUAUUCAAAUUCGGUCCCAAUCAAUAAAAAGGAAAAAAAUGGAACUUUUUCUCAAAGGCGUAUCCUUUUUAUUAAGAGAGAAGAAGAAGAGCAUCUACGAUUUUAGGGGUUUUUGGAGUGAGAAAAAAAAAAUCAAGACUUCGAUCAAUGAGAAGUGCGAAUUCUGUGAGCAUGAUUGCUAAAAGCGAAGAAGAGAACCCGUCGGCAAAUCAGGGAGAUUCUUCGCAUAUUUCGCGAGAUGUGAACGAAUCUAAAACCCUAGUCGAAGAAGAUUUUGAAACAAAGGAAGCGGAAGCAGAAGAGGAAGAGAGUGGAGAGUGCCGUGCAUGCAAGUACAUAAAGGAAGGUGUGUGCAAGGAAUCAUGGAUAGCAUUGACGAAGUGCGUGGAUGAUGAAGCCGAAGCUGAAGAAGAAGAAGAAGAGAGUAACAACGCACCGAAAUGCAGCGAGCUCAGAAUGAAGUUCAUGACUUGUAUGUUUGAUAACCCUGUCUACUAUGCGCCCAUUAUUUCUGGCCAAGGCUCGAGUGGUUGCGAGGAUGAUAAGCGAGCUUCAAGCCGAGAAGGAGGCCGUUUUGGCUGGUGAGGCUACAGCCAUUGCUAAGGCCUUGAGCAAGUUCCAAACAGAGGUGGAGGAGGAGCCCCUUCUGCCUGCUGAGGUUGCGGCCAUUGCUAAGGCGUUUCAAGAUUUGGAAGCGGAGAAGAAGGAGAAGGAAGCAAAGAGAAACGAGUAAUCUAUCAGAAUUCGAUGAUGGUCCUGGUAAUAUCUUUUAUGAGCAUUUCAUAGACUGAGUUUUUUUUUUCUCUUGUCUUGGUGGAAUUUACAAUCUUGGGUUAUGCAGUUUGAUGCAAUUCUACAACUCUGUUAUAUUAUUAAAUCACCUUCUUCUGCCAAAAACUAGUUAUCCUUUUGUUGGUAGUCGUAGCCGUAGUUGAACCCGGUCCAACCACCGGGUCUGUCUGGUUUUAAAAACGCUGGUGACUAACACAUAAGCAAAGGCGCAUCCUUGUUUCUUUGCUUACUUCGUUAACAUAAAUCAAUGAGUAAUCAAAUCAUUAGGUACAAUUAAGAAAAUGCAGAGAGAAUGCUCUUGAUCGACUCUCUUAGAUCAUUAUCUGUUGCAUAAAAUAACUCACCGAUCCACCAUUAAGUGUUAACCAAGACCGAACCUUGUAUAGGCACUGUAAAAUAAGUUACAGGUAUAAUGAAAAUAUGGUUAAACAUGGUGGCUUAUAACACAGAUUAUAGAAUUGGCUCUACCAGUUAAUGGUGGUUGUUCCUCAAUUUUUGUUUAGUUAUAUUUGGACUAUAGGGUGAAAAUAUCUUCAAGAUUUUUGCUUUUCAAGUGGUGUAAACUCUAAAUAUCUCAGGUUGAAGAUAGAUAUUGUUUUGGAUUGGUCUAAAGAUAUUAAC